UACCAUUUUGCAAUUAUUUUCAUGUCAGUUUGCAAAAUCUAAAUAGAUUGAAAUUAUAAUACUUUGACUUUUAAUACUUAAUAACUUUAUAAUACUUAAAAAUGUCGGCCGUGCGACUAGGUGGAAGACUAAAGGAGUUGAGAAUUCAUUUGUGUCAAACAAGUCCGCAAUCCGCUGGAGUCAGGGAAUUCAUUCAAAAAUCUUACGUGAGCUUAAAAAAGGCUAAUCCUACCUUCCCAAUUUUGAUUCGUGAAUGCAACGGAAUUCAACCUCGUAUAUGGGCUAGAUAUGAAAAAGGUGAAGAGCGCAGCACUCCAUUGACAAAUAUGAAGGCAGACGAUGUUCUCAAUGAAGUGCAGAAACUAUCCAAAUGAUUUGUUUUGUUUUAAUUUAAUUAUGUUAAUAAUAAAUAGUUACU